AUGGAGGCAGCACUGAAGGGAGAAACACUUCAAACCGGAACAUCCUCAUCCUCAUCGUCGUUUGCGUCGCAUGUAAACUCGCCCAACAAGCGGCAUGUCCCCGAGAAUGUGGUAAUCAAGUCGUUCCCAUUCGCUCGCUCCAACGCUUUCCCGAGCGACGUGGAAUCGCCGAGCGCAACGUGGCUUGAUAGAUUUAUGUCCACGUAUUUUUUGUGUGAGUUGUGCCACAAGGUUGUGGUGGAUCCCGUGCAAAUUCUGCCAAGUGUCAUGAUGACGUGUAGAAAGUGUGCGCUUUCGCGGCAAGUUUCCACUGACGCCUUGGCAGAGUUGCCACUGGGUGUGGUGCAGGCGAUUGAGGAAAUGUACGAAACUCACAGAAGUCAUCAAAAAAGCCAUGUGCCCAAUUCACCGGAGGCAGGGAUGGUAAGUCGCGCCGGGGAUGAGUCCAUUGCGGGCCGGCGUAUUGUACGAGUCAAACGCGACGAUGCAAUCCCAGGAGGCAAGAUGGCACGACACGUGACUCCACAUGCAGCAACUGCAGACUCUGUCAAGGCGGCUAAGUCAACUGUCUUUUCUCAGGAGCUUUGGGAUACCGACGAGGAGGAGUUUCGUCAACGUGAAGCAAUAAAUGCAAAGGAGGCAAGCGAACGUUUGGAGUUACUGAAGAAGCAUUCUGCGUUUGUGCGUUCCAUUAAAGGCCGUAGUAGAGAUAGCAGUAAGGCAUUGAAGGCGGAAGCAGACGCUACAUACGAAAAAGCGGAGUAUACUCUGGCACUAGAAUUGUACUCAAAAGCCAUUGAGCAACAGCCCCUUGACCGCUUGACGCGUCUCAGUGCGCUGCACGGGAAUCGAAGUUCUGCGUACUUCAUGGCGCAACGCUACAGUGAUUGCAUUUCAGACUGUCUUAAAGCGAUAUCUCUAGAGCCUGGUAAUGUCCGCAUGUAUACAAGGGCAGCGAAAGCGGCAGCAGUUAUGGGAGAUAUGGCCCGUGCGGUUGCUCAAAUGGAAACAAUUCCAGAAAACUUGAUGACAGAUAGCGUACAUGCUAAGAGGAAAAACUACAAGAGCGGACUUGAGUUGCUUCAACGCGCGGAGCGUGCCUUUGGAACACCCGAGGGAGAUGAAAUUUGGCUCAUGUUGGUUGCCCAGUUCAGUGAUACGAUUCCAUUUCGCUUGCGCUACGCUGAGUCGUUAUUUAAGCAGAAACGUUAUCUAAAAGCGGUAGAUGCGUUAGAAGCGGUGUCAUCCUCUCGUCGCUCACCAAAGCUGUGGUACAUGAUGGCAAAAUGUUUGUACCUAUCCGGGUUUGAGCACUUUGAACGGGCGCGUCUGUGCCUUGUCGAUGUCCAACAGCUGGACGAGAAUUGUGCCAAGUUACUGAAGCUGAUCAACGUGGUGGACGAAGGUAAGCAAAAGGGUAACCAACUCUUUCAACAGAAAAAAUUUGCAGCGGCCGUAGAUCAUUACACGUCUGCGAUUAACGCUGCUCAGAGUAAUAACCAAAUCCUGCGCAUCUUAUACUGCAAUCGUGCUGCAGCCCACAAGGAGCUGGGAAAAUAUCGAGAGGGUAUUGAGGACUGCACAAACGCCAUUCAACUCGAUCCAGAGUUCUCGAAGGCAUAUGCCCGUCGUGCACGUUGUCAUCAACAACUUAGCAACUUCGUGGCCGCUACUCGCGACUUUAAAAGUGCCAUACAAUACGAUCCGAGCGACCAUGAACUAGCGCGUGAGCUGCGUAACUGUGAACACGGCUUGACGAAGGAGGCAGAGCGUGAGAAAGAUUACUACUAUGUCCUGGGUGUGAGCCGUAACAGCAGCGAACGUGAAAUUAAGCUGAAGUAUCGCGAACUUUCCCUUCGUUGGCACCCUGAUAAGUGUGUGGGGCUUCCAGACGAAGAACGGGUGCAGGCAGAACGCAAGUUUAAAAUCAUUGGUGAAGCCCAUUCAACACUUAUUGAUCCUGUGAAGCGGCGUGAAUACGAACUUAAGCUGGACCGCGAGCGCAUGACACGUUUGGGUACAUUUGCCGGAUUUGGCACGCAUAGCGGUGACACUUUCCGUGGACAGGCAAAUCGCUAUCGGUCUGGUCCAAGCGGCUUUUGGUGA